AUGGCUAACCUACAUCAUGAAAGGCCCAGUGUCGGUAAGCUACGAAGUCUUUUACGCACAGAAAGACUCGAUACUGAUAAGUACGGGAACUUCGUUCAGCCUAGUACUGGACGUCGAGUGACUCUUCAUGGAAUAAACUUUGCCUCCUCAUCUAAAUUGCCUUAUGCUCCUUAUCAGACCACCUAUAUGAGGCCUAAGAAGUGCGGGUUUUACAGCGAAGCUGACACUGUGUCGUUUGUGAAUCGGCCAUUUCCCUUGGAUGAGGCCUAUGAGCAUCUUACUCGGAUCAAAAUGUGUGGCUACAACACAAUUCGAUUUGUGUUUACUUGGGAGGCAAUUGAGCAUGAAGGCCCGGAGAUAUACGAUCUUGACUACGUUCAUUAUGUUGUUGAAUUGCUUAAAAUCAUUGAUGAGGUGGGUGGAUUGUACGUGUUUUUGGAUCCUCAUCAGGAUGUUUGGUCGAAAUUCUGCGGUGGCAGUGGUGCACCGAUAUGGACGUUGUGUGCAGCAGGUCUAAAUCCUCUCAAUUUUGAGGUAACCGGUGCCUGUAAGCUUCAUAACUUAUGCAAAGAGCCUCAAAAUUUCACCAGGAUGGUGUGGAGUACCAACUGCAGCCGAUUGGCCGCUGCAACCAUGUUCACUAUGUUUUUUUCAGGUAAAAUGUUUACUCCAAAGGCCAUAAUUGACAACCAAAAUAUCCAGGACUAUCUUCAGGAUCAUUUUAUUAACGCUGUGGCUUUUUUGGUAUCAAGCAUCAAAAAUGAAGCCCCAGAGCUCUUUCAAUCAUCCUUUUUAGGUGUCGAGAGUCUCAACGAGCCAAGUAAAGGUUAUUAUGGAAUCGAAGAUUUAUCUCAAUUACCAAAAGAUCAACCAUUAUGUUUAGAUGAAACUCCCCGGGCUAUUCAGUCUAUGCGUAUGGGUAUGGGCAGACGACAAGUCUUAGAAGUCUAUCAACUUACCAUGUUCGGACCUCGAAAGAAGGGCUCAUUGGCAGUUGAUCCUAAGGGAGAAAAAGCUUGGCUUACUGACGAUAGCAUGGAUAAACGAUACGGAUUUGACAGAGACGAGAAUUGGAAGCUUGGCGAAUGUAUCUUUGCUCAGCACGGUGUCUGGGAUUCGCAUAGUGGUGAACUUUUAAAGCCGGACUAUUUCCAUAGGGAUCCUAUCAUGGGACGUGAAUUGGAUGAAGACAUGUUUAUCAACACGCAAUUUCUUUCAUUUUGGGCCAAAUUUAGAUCUCGAAUGAGAAAGAUUGAUAGAGACAUGUUUUUGAUAAUUCAGGCUCCUGUCCUCCAAAUUCCUCCUCGAUUAAAAGAUAGCGAUCUUGUAGAUGACCGUACAGCAAUAGCUAUUCAUUACUAUGAUGGAAUGUCGUUGAUAUUUAGGAGCUGGAACAGAAAGAUGAACGUGGACACAUUGGGUAUUAUGAGGGGUCGGUAUCUCAAUCCGAUAUUUGGUAUUGUUUUUGGAGAGAAGAACAUCAGAGAGUCGAUGAAGAGGCAACUUCUGGAAAUGAAAAGAGAGUGUAAGGAGAAUGCAGGAGAUUCUGUUCCCGUCAUCAUUUCAGAGACUGGUAUGCCAUUUGAUAUGGAUGACAAGAAGGCAUAUAGCGAUGGGGAUUACAGUUCACAGGAGGCUGCCAACGAUGCCAUGGCGUACGCAUUGGACGGAAGUAACUUGAACUUCUCAUACUGGUGCUACAAUCCUGAGAACAAUCAUAAAUGGGGUGAUAACUGGAACUUGGAGGACUUUUCGAUCUUUUCCAAAAAUAACGUUUUCCAUAAUAGUAUCGACUAUACGGUACAAAGUAGUGCAGAUUCUUUAGCUGAUGGAAAAGUGUGCAAAUAUUCCGAAUGGAUCACCACGGCAAGUUCAGUAUCGUCUUCUGCCAAAUCUCCUACACUUGGUCCUUCAUCCAGAAAGGGAGAUGAUACUGUGGAGUUAGAAGUGAUGUUGGGAUCUGAUCCAUCGUUACUUUCAACAAUAGUGGAAGGAAUUCGAGCACCAAUGGCCAUUAUACGUCCAUAUCCGGUGCUUAUCAAUGGUGUUGUUGUGAAUUCGGAACUGAAUUUAUCCACCGGAGAAUAUAAUCUACGAAUUGACACAUCGAAGAGGAGCAUAGUUUCUUCAGAAUCACCAACAGUCGUCUUUGUUCCGGAUAUUCAUUUCCAAGAGGGAAAUUUCCAAGUGUUUGUGACGGAAGGUACUACUUCGUUUAAAUACAACAGUUUUGUUCAACUGUUGGAAUGGUAUCAUGAAACUGAUAUAGGAGUUAUUGAAUUAAGAAUCAAGAGUUUAUCGAAAAGGUUCGAGGGUCAGGAAUGUUCCACUUCACGGAAACUCUUUAGGCUAUUAUCGUGCGGAUUGAUACAUUGA